GCAAUCUACUAGCAUGUGAGCAGCCUGCUUGUUACCAUGAUAACAGUGGAAGCCAUGAGCUCAGUAUGUGGCACGGAGGGAGGGGAGAGAAGCGUAUGCGCGGAAUGACGCUGUAGCCUGACUGAUUGAACCCAGUGAUGACGCAGUUCCGCUUGUAUUCUUCCACAGCCAGAGAGUGACAGGUGCCGGUACCGGGAGGCAGCCAGUGCGUCCCCAGGAACAUGGCAUGCACCCUGCUGGAGUUCUGCUGCUUCUAAGAUACCAGGCCUGUCCGAGAUUUCCUGUUCCCAGAGCUCCACAAGGAGAAGUAGAGCUCGGAGGCCCAGAGCAUCGUGGUAAACCAUGAAUGACAGGAAAUGGGUGACUGAAAAGAUCUUGCAUCUAACCUUGGAGAUCAUCUACCUGCUGACUGGAGAGGAUCUCAUGGUUGUAAAGAAGAUCAGUAAUCAUGACUCGCCCAGAAGCAAUCCACAUGGAUCGGAGGGGUCACACAGGACAUUUAUCUCCAGCAUCCUACUUCCACCUCCUUCCCUGAUCCAUGAGAGAAACAAUAAUCAGAAGAUCCUGGAACUGACCAAUCAGAUCAUUGAGCUGCUGACUGGAGAGGUUCCUAUACGGUGUGAUGAUGUCACGGUCUAUUUCUCCAUGGAAGAGUGGGAGUAUAUAGAAGGACACAAGGAUCUCUACAAAGACAUAAUAAAUGAGAACCACCAGUCACUGGAUAAAUGUAUACCUGAUGGAUUGUACACACCACUUGCUACAAGUAAAACUGUAACUAAAACCAAUGAUGGUAAAGCAUCUAUUGUAAUCAACCAAGCAAAGCAAAGCGAGAUUAAAUCGGUAACAUUCAUGUCACAAGAAUCUUUGCCAUGUGAAGGAGGCAAUCUCACAGACAUUUGUACACUCACAGAACAUCCACAGAAAGAAUAUCCAUCUACUCAUAGUAAGGAGGAACCAGCCUUGUGUGAAGAAGGCAAUCUCACAGACAUUUGUACACUCACAGAACAUCCACAGAAAGAAUAUCCAUCUUCUUAUAUUAAGGAGGAACCAGCCACAUGUGAAGAAGGCAAUCUCACAGACAUUUCUACACCCACCGAACAUCCACAGACAGAAUAUCCAUCCAAUCAUAUUAAGGAGGAACCAGCCUCAUGUGAAGAAGGGAAUCUCACAGACAUUUCUACACUCUCUGAACAUCCACAGAUAGAAUAUCCAUCUCUUCAUAUUAAGGAGGAACCAGACUCCUGUGAAGAAGGAAAUCUUACUGACAUUUCUACACCCACCAAACAUACUGAGACAUAUGCUUCAGUACAUUUUAAGGAAGAUUCUUCUUUACAUGAGUAUGGUUUUGUCACAGAUUCUCUCUCAGAACAAACACACAGAGUACAUCCACCAAGUAGGACUGAUGAAUGCUCUACCGGUGGAAUAGAAAAUCUCACAGUUGCUGAGAAGUAUACUGUUAUAUCUGAUUCAUCUGAAUAUAGGGAGAAUUUUACUCAGGUGACUCAAACUAGGAAAAAUCAAUAUGAUUGCCUUGAAUGUGGGAAAUGUUUUUUACAUCCAUCAAGAUUGGUUUUACAUAAAAGGAUUCACACAGGGGAAAAACCUUUUAAAUGCACUGAAUGUGGGAAAGGAUUUACCCAAAAAUCAAAUCUUAAUAAGCAUAAAAUUAUUCACACAGGAGAAAAACCCUUUAAAUGCACAGAAUGUGGGAAAUGUUUUAACCUAAAGCAGGAUCUUAUCAGACAUCAACGGAUUCACACUGGAAAAGAAAUGUUUAAAUGUACUGAAUGUGAAAAAUGCUUUAAUCUAAAGAAGGAUCUAAUCAUUCAUCAGCGGAUCCACAAAGGAGAAAAAAACGAAUGUGGUAAACGUGUAAUUCCAAAGCAGGAUCUUAUUGGGCAUCAGAGAAUACGCAAAGAAGAAAAGUCAUUUCAAUGUACAGAGUGUGGGAAAUGCUUUAAUUUACAAUCUAAUCUAAAUAGACAUAAAAUUAUUCACACAGGAGAAAAACCCUUUAAAUGCACAGAAUGUGGGAAAUGCUUUAACCUAAAGCAGGAUCUUAUCAGACAUCAACGGAUUCACACACGAAAAAAAACAUUUAUAUGUACUGAAUGUGAAAAAUGUUUUCAUGCAAAGAGCGAUCUGGCCAUUCAUCAGCGUAUUCACAAAGGAGAGAAACCACUUAAAUGCACUGCGUGUGGGAAAUGUUUCAAUUUGCGAUAUAAUCUUAAUAGGCAUCAAAUUGUUCACAAACGAGAAAAAAACAUUUAAAUGCACUACAUGUGAGAAACGUUUUAUUGGAAAGCAGGAUCUUCUCAGGCAAAGGUUUAAAAAUAUCAGGAAGUAUUUCUUUACUGAGAGGGUAGUGGAUGCGUG